GUGUUCUUAGCGCGCAUGCGCCCCUUUCCAAGCUCCUCACCAGUACCCAGCGGUGGCUGUGGAGGAGUUCGGAAGUUCAAAAUGGCCGCGGCGACUGUGGUGGAGUUGGGGAUGCGGGGGCGCGGUAUUGAGGAAACUGAUAUUUCUGAGAGAAGUGCAAAUGAAGAAAAUGGGGAUAUAUCAGAAGUAGACCAACCUCAAAUUAGGCAUAGUCGACAUAAAAAAAAGAAACACAAACAUCGAGGCAAACAUAAGAAACAUAAACAUUCUUCAGAAGAAGAUAAGGACAAAAAGCAUAAACAUAGGCACAAACAUAAGAAGCAUAAACGAAAGGAAGUUGCUGAUGGCUCUGAUAAAGAAGAUGGUCCAGCCAAAAGAACUAAAAUUGACUUCCUAGCUCCUCUGGAAGAUUUAGAGAAACAAAGAGCAUUACUAAAAGCUGAACUUGAAAAUGAGCUAAUGGAAGGAAAAGUUCAGUCUGGGAUGGGAUUAAUAUUACAAGGUUAUGAGUCAGGUUCUGAAGAAGAGGGAGAAAUCAAUGAUAAGGUGAGAAAUGGGACUAGAUCUACAACUAAAUCAUCAAAUGUUAAGGGGAAACUAGAGAUUGUGGACAAUAAAACUAGUUCAAAGAAACGGAGUAAGAGCAGAUCAAAAGAACGGACUCGACACAGAUCUGAUAAAAAGAAAAGCAAGUCAGGAGUCGAUGGAAUAAAAGAGAAAGCAACUAGGAGUAAAUCAAAAGAGAGAAAAAAAUCAAAAAGCCCUUCUAGAAGAACAAAGUCUCAAGACCAAGUAGGAAAGUCAAAAUCUCCAACCCUUAAAAGGCAUUCUCAAGAGAAAAAUAAAAAGUCCAGAUCUCCUCCAGAGGAUAAGAUUAAAGUCGAAGAUAAAAUCAAGUCAAGAGAUCGUAAAAAAUCUCCAAUUGUUAAUGAAAGUAAAAGCAGAGAUCGUAGCAAAAAAUCCAGAUCUCCAGUAGAGCAAAGAAGCAAAUCCAAAGACAGAAGAUCGAGAUCUAAGGAUCGAAAAUCCAGGCGAUCAGAAAAUGAAAAAGAAAAGAAGCCAAUUAAAUCUCCUUCUAAAGAUGCAUCAUCAGGGAAAGAAAACAGGUCUCCUAGUAGAAGACCUGGCCGCAGUCCUAAGGGAAGAAGUUUGUCUCCAAAACGAGAUAAGCCAAGGCGUAGCAGAUCACCUCUCCUUAAUGAUCGUAGAUCUAAGCAAAGUAAAUCGCCAUCUCGAAAUCGGUCUCCUGGUAGAAGAGCAAAGAGCAGAUCAGCAGAGAGAAAAAGAAGAGAAUCAGAAAGGAGGCGGUUUUCUUCUCCCAGAACACGAACUAGAGAAGAUAUCCUCUCUAGACGUGAACGAUCAAAAGAUACCAGUCCACCUAGAUGGUCCCCAUCUAGAAGAAGAUCCAGAUCUCCUAUUCGACGAAGAUCACGUUCACCUCUUCGACGUAGCAGAUCUCCAAGGAGGAGGAGUAGAUCUCCACGAAGAAGGGAUAGGGGUCGCCGGAGUAGGUCCCGUCUUAGAAGGAGGUCCAGGUCACGGGGUGGUCAUAGACGGAGGAGUAGAAGCAAAAUAGAAGAUAAAUUUAAAGGAAGCCUGUCUGAAGGGAUGAAAGUUGAGCAAGAAUCUUCAUCAGAUGAAAACCUUGAAGACUUCGAUGUUGAAGAAGAAGAUGAAGAAGCUCUGAUAGAGCAAAGAAGAUUACAGAGGCAAGCAAUUGUGCAGAAAUACAAGUACUUAACUGAAGACAGUAACAUGUCUAUGCCAUCUGAACCAAGCAGUCCUCAGAGCAGUACUCGCAGUCGUUCAAACUCACCGGAUGACAUUCUUGAACGGGUAGCUGCCGAUGUUAAAGAGUAUGAACGGGAAAAUGUGGACACUUUUGAGGCUUCAGUAAAGGCUAAGCACAACCUUAUGGCAGUUGAGCAGAAUAAUGGUUCAUCUCAGAAGAAACUCACAGCUCCUGACAUGUUUACAGAGUCAGAUGAUAUGUUUGCUGCAUAUUUUGAUAGUGCACGCCUCAGGGCUGCUGGCAUUGGAAAAGACUUCAAAGAAAACCCCAAUCUCAGGGACAACUGGACAGAUGCAGAAGGGUAUUAUCGUGUUAACAUAGGCGAAGUUCUAGAUAAGCGGUAUAACGUAUAUGGCUACACUGGCCAAGGAGUCUUCAGUAAUGUGGUGAGAGCCAGAGAUAUGGCAAGAGCAAAUCAGGAAGUGGCUGUCAAAAUCAUUAGGAACAAUGAGCUUAUGCAAAAAACUGGUUUAAAAGAACUGGAAUUCUUGAAAAAGCUCAAUGAUGCAGAUCCUGAUGACAAAUUUCAUUGUCUGCGAUUGUUCCGGCAUUUUUAUCAUAAGCAACAUCUCUGUCUAGUAUUUGAACCACUUAGUAUGAAUUUACGUGAGGUACUAAAGAAGUAUGGAAAAGACGUUGGUCUUCACAUAAAGGCUGUGCGAUCCUAUAGUCAGCAGCUAUUUCUGGCUCUGAAACUUCUUAAAAGAUGCAAUAUCUUGCAUGCUGAUAUCAAACCAGACAAUAUUUUGGUGAAUGAAUCUAAAACCAUUUUAAAACUUUGUGACUUUGGAUCAGCUUCACAUGUUGCUGAUAAUGACAUCACACCGUAUCUUGUCAGUCGAUUUUAUCGUGCACCUGAAAUUAUUAUAGGCAAAAUCUAUGACUACGGUAUAGAUAUGUGGUCUGUAGGCUGUACAUUAUAUGAACUUUACACAGGAAAAAUAUUGUUUCCUGGGAAAACCAAUAAUCAUAUGUUGAAACUUGCUAUGGACCUUAAAGGAAAGAUGCCAAACAAGAUGAUCAGAAAAGGAGUGUUCAAAGAUCAGCACUUUGAUCAAAAUCUGAACUUCAUGUACAUAGAGGUAGAUAAAGUAACAGAAAGGGAAAAGGUAACAGUCAUGAGCACCAUUAAUCCAACAAAAGACCUCCUAGCAGAUUUAAUUGGGUGCCAACGCCUUCCUGAAGAUCAACGCAAAAAGGUUCACCAGCUGAAGGACUUGUUGGACCAGAUCCUUAUGUUAGACCCUGCUAAACGGAUUAGUAUCAACCAGGCUCUGCAGCAUGCCUUCAUCCAGGAAAAAAUUUAAAUCCAUUGAAGAUGUUCAAAGGGUUUGAAUACUUAAUAUACAAAGACUGAUGAUGUUUCACAGCAAUUUAUAAAUGUACAUAUAACAUAUAAAUAAUUUCCCUGCAAAGUUGAGGAUGAUAUAUUUGAAUUAAUACGAAGGUGGAUAUUUCUUUUAGAAAUGUUAGAGUAAAUCUGUUUGUCUCUUACAUAAAGAUUUUUUUCACUGUAGAACUGUUUUAAUUGCCAAGACUGCACAAAAUUACAGUGCUAAUGUAUAUGUUGCAGUUCCCAUAUAUACACACCCUCUCUCUUUCUCUCUCACACACGCACACACACAUGCAUGCACACACACAUACACAGAUGAUCUGUUAUAAAAUAUCAGUAAAACUGGGUGGUUGAUUUUGGUUUUUAGCUGAUUUGGCUUCAUUUUUGUCUCUGAGAAACGGCCAGCAUAAAUGCUGUUUAUAUUACAUUUUCCUAGGUGUGUGCGUGCAGGCCACAGCAGCAUGCCCUUGGUGUAGUCAGUGCCGAAGGGGGUCUGUUCCUUCUUGAGCCUGCCCGCAGGGAUGGUCUCCUCUUUUAAAGCAGGUUGCGUACAACUUUCAGUACACUGAAGGUAAGCUAAACCAUCAACAUCACUGGUGUUUAAGAUGUUAAUUGUACUGGAACAACUGAAAAAUGAAGGGUCAAUAGCUUUGUAGCAGAAUUCCCUGCAUGUUUUAUAAAUGAUCUUGUCUUUGUUUUCUGGCAUUACAACUGUGGCAUAAUUCCAACUUCUGUUUGAUCAUCACAUUCAAAGAAAAAAAUUGGGGAGUGUGCACUUGAUGGAGAAGAGCGCCUUCAGUGUACUGUUUAUUACUUUCAUUUUUUAAAAAAUCAACUUGCUAUAUAAAAUUUAUACCUUUUGUUAUAUACAGUUCACUAUGGCAUAGAACCAGUACUUAGACAUGUUUUCAUUUACUAACAACAAAUGUUGAGCUCUGAUUCCAAAAGUCCUUAUCUCCUCAUGGCCAGACAGAAAACACCAUAAUGAAAUUUUUAGCUAUUUGUAUGUCAUUUGAAAUUGUAAUGCUUUAUGCUAAAGGUGUUUUUCAUUUGUUCAUUGUUUUCAUUAUUUGUGAUCAUGUUGUCUUUCAAUACAGGCAUAAACCUUCCACUCUUGAACAAAGCAGCUGCUUUUUAAAAGCGGUAAUUGCUUCUUUACCUUUUAUUUCUUUUGUAAAUGAAGCUUUCUUUAAGAAAUGUGACUUUAAAGUGUUGUCUCUUGCAUAAAACAGUUGACAUUCACUUAUGUAAAGUGAAGAUUGUUCUGCUGCAUGUAAAGUGGACCAUGCAGAUUUCUGUAUGUUUUCAGUAUGCAUCAUUAGAUAAUAAAGUCUUUUGUGAACAAGGCAUUGGUAGCCAUUUUUAAAAGAUUUUUGUCUCCAGUGUUGCUGAUUCAGGUAAUCCAUAAGAAGAAAUCUUUCAUUUUUGAUAGUACAUUAAUUAAAACAAUAACUAAAAGAUGUGAUUCCCUUGAAAGUUAUUAGACUCUUACUUAUCAACAAUUCAGUAUAAAUACUACCCCAAACCCUGAGCAUCCUACAAAUAUUAUCUGCUUUCAUUGUAAUGACAUUUAUUCCUUUAGGUUAUUGGCUUGGAUGCAGGUUUUAACUAAUGUUUGUGCUGUUUUUCUUACUUUUCCUUUUUGAUGGUGCUGAAAGAGACAAAGAAAAGCAAGUCACAGGCCACUCAACGCCUACGCCAGGGGGUCUGGUUUGCUGAGACACCAACUUCACCUUCUUAACAAGGUUAUUUCUGACAGCAUGUGUAGAUAAACAUUUAGCAACAACUUAAACAAUAGUUUGUUGUUCAUCUUGAGGAUGCCCAACCGAGUCGAUGUUUGCUAAUCCAAUUCUUGCAUUAAAAACAGUCACGUAACAAAAUAUUUGUAUAUAUUUCAUAUAUACUCCAUAGGUAUAUGAAAACAUCCAGUAUCAAUAUAUUUUGUAAUACCCUAAACCUUAUAAAAAGAAUUUCUAAAAAUCCAUGUAGGCACAUAAUUACAUCCGGUGUGCACAUUUAGUGCCUCAGUCAUAGUUAUUGCCAGUGGGGUUCUCCCUGUGAGUAGCUCCCUACCAUGGUAAUAUACUGAGCUAUGAAGGUAGCAGGUGUUGUUACCUGUUUAAUUUGAAUCUCUACCCUGUUUCUUCUCCAGUUUAAUUUUACUUUAAAAGUAGUAAAUGUAUUUCUCUGUCAACUUAUUGAAAAUGUUUCUUGUUCGUACAGGAGACAGAAUGCAGCUUUCACUCACUGAAAUGAAGAAGUAGAUUACUUGAUAGUUAAAGUAAUGUGGCGCACUACAUUGGCAACACCUCCAGCCUAUCUUGCAUAUCUAGUGGCAGUCUUGACACAGAUGUCAUAAAAUGCUAUUGCCUCCACCCUUGUUUCAUGUCCCUGUUUAAAUAAUGAAAAGAGUUGGUCAUGUCAACUCCAGUAGCAUUUACAGCCAAUUUUAUGGCUACAGAAUUUUUAAACUAGUCUCAAGAAAAAACAAAGUUGCUUGUUUACUUAUUCUUUGUGUUAUAGGUGCUGUUCAAAUGAAGACGAUGGCAACCAGAAGACUUGAACAAAGGUUUCUGUUCUAUAAAAGAUAUAAAAAACGUUCAUUUAGUUAUGUCUAGUUUUUUUUCUGUUCACAGCACACAGAUGCAGGCUUCAUUUUAACACUUCUGCCCUACUGGCAGUUCUUAGCAUAGUGUUGUUGUGUUGUUUCUUUGUAAAAUGCGUCUGUUUCAUUCCUGGGUGAUGUAAUUUUGUUGUGAUAAAUUUGAAGCAGGACAUGGUUGAAUAUGUUUUAAAUGUUUCAUUAUCAUGCUUUAUCCCUUAGGUAAGAGCCAACUAAAUUUGAUGGUUGAAAUAUACCAAUAGGAUCACUUCUGUACUCAAAAUUUUGUAAACAGAUAGAAUAGGCUGACAUCUGUUUUUCUUUGAGCAUGCAGUUUGUAUGCCUUUAACUACAAAAUAAUUCUGUUUUAUGGGUGUCAACUGUUAAGCAGGCAAAGUUGUUGAUACCUUUUCAGUGCAACAAAAUAUCUGUAUGGUUGCAUAUCUGAUGACCCAGCAAAGGUACUGGAUUUACAGACCUGUCUAAGCUAGUUUGGUGUAAUCCAGUUUAAAUUCAGACUGUAGUGUGAGAGAUGACUACACUACACUCUUCUUUUCUUGACAAUCUUGUUCAGACUUUAAACACUUUUUCCAAAUGAAAACCAAGCAAAGCUUAACAAAACACCCAGGCACUGGGGAUAAUGAUUAAGCACAGAUAAAUCAAAUGAGAAUUAAAAAUACUGCUUUUUUUAGUGAUUUAUCAGGUGGGGAAAUGCAUUUUAAGUUUGUUUUCCUAGGUGUUUUGUGCUGCAGUGUAGGUUGACAUGACAACAAAACUAGCUGAGCUUUGGAUAAAUCUGAUACUGAUAACUAUCUUUGCUAAUGAUGUCUUUCCCUUCCUAUAUAGGGUAAGUGGCAGAAAACCUCUGAGAAACUUUUGCGUGGCUUGAUGGGUACUCAAGAGGCAGAUCGGUCUGAGAAAAUACAGUACAAGAUUGAUACGCUGUAAUGUAAACUUGUGCAUCAAAAUGUGAAGCAGUAGCUUGCUUAAAGAUAAUAAAUACCAGUUUUUACUAGUUA